AUGAGUGGACAAGAGAAGCGUACGUCCACGCCGAAUCCCGGAGGCGCGCGUGCCGGCGCGAACAAGGGCAAGCCCAAGGGCCCCAAGACCGACGAGGCGGUCAGCAUGCCAAAGAACGGUGCGCGUGGCGCUGCGCCGGCGCAGGGCAUCAACUUUGGCACGGUAGACGACAAGAAUGCGACGCUGUCGUCGUCGCCGGCCGCGCAGCCGUCCGCCGGCAAGCACCUGCAGGGUGGCAACCCGACCGUCUUUGGCUCCGUCGCCGCGGAGCCCGCCGCGGAGAAGAAGGGCAAGAAGCUCGACUUCCAGAAGCUCUUCCAAGGCCCCGGUGGCCAGGCGGUCAAGGGCCAGGCGGACCCCGCACAGGCCGCACGCACCGCGGCGCGCGGUGUGAACGUGCCCAAGCAGGGCGCGCCGCCGUCGGUCCCCAUGCCCCAGGAGAAGGGCGUGGGCCCUGCGUCGCAGCCCACGACGCCACUCGUGCCGGGCAUGCCAUACGCGCCGGAGCAUGGCCCGUGGCAGGGCGCGCCGGUCUAUCCCCACGUCGGCUACCCGAUGAGCCCCGGCGGCUUCCCUUACAUGCCGCAGCCCCAGCAGGGCUGGCCGCAGCAGGGCGGCUCGCCACACCCUCCCCCGAUGCACGCCAACUCGCCGCGCGGCCCGCCGAUGGGCGUGCGCCCUGGCGGUGCGCAGCCCUUUUACCCUCCUGCGUCCCCGUCGAGCUUUACGAUGAACGCGGGCGCGCGCAUGUUUGAGCCGCAAAAGAGCAAGGCGCUGCGCAUCGUCAACCCCGAGACGCAGACCGAGCUCGACCUGGAGCAGGUGCGCCAAAAGUCGGCCGCCUCGUCGUCGGCCGCGUCGAGCACCGCGCCCGACACGCCGUCGCGCGCGCCUUCUGCGCCGGGCACGCCCAAGUCCUCACACUCGGUCGAGGCGCCCGCGCAGCCGCCGGCGGACACUACCCGCGUGAAGACCCAGGCCGACUUUCAGCAAAAGGUGCUGCGCCUCAAGAUGGAGCGCGAAAAGGCCGAGAAGGAGAAGGAGGAGAAGGAGAAGGCCGACAAGGAGGCCAAGGAGAAGGCCGAGCACGACGCCAAGGAGGCCAAGGAGAAGGCGGCUGCCGAGAAGGAGGCCGCUGAAAAGGCCGCCAAGGAGGCCAAGGAGAAGGCCGAAAAGGAGGCUGCCGAAAAGGCCGAGCGCGACGCCAAGGACAAGGCCGAAAAGGAGGCUGCCGAAAAGGCCGAGCGCGAUGCCAAGGACAAGGCCGAGAAGGAGGCCGCCGAAAAGGCCGAGCGCGAUGCCAAGGACAAGGCUGAAAAGGAGGCUGCCGAAAAGGCCGAGCGCGACGCCAAGGAAAAGGCGGAGAAGGAGGCCGCUGAAAAAGAGACCGCCGACAAGGCGGCCGCCGAAAAAGGCGCAGGCCGCCACGCCCGCCGCGCCCGCCGCGCCCGCCGCGGACAAGGGCGCAGAGCCCAAGGAAGAGGGCACCGCGCCCGCCACGCACGCCGACGAGCCCAAGGCCGACGGCGACAAGGCCGCCGAGGACGAAAACCACGAUGA